AUGUUAUGUCUGUUAGAGCUGAAGAAAAAAAUCAUCGAAAAAGUUAAUGAAUAUAUUACUCGUCAAGGUCGUCUUGAUGUUUUUGUUAAUGUAGCUGAUAUACUACGUACAGGUUCCACAGUAGAUAUUCCAGUAAAAGAAUUUCGUUCAAUUCUCGAUACAAAUAUGAUUGGUACAUUUUUAAUAUGUUGUGCUUGUCUUCCUCAUUCGGUCAUUACAAAAGGUAAUAUUAUAAAUACAACUUCAGCAGCCGCUUUACAUGGUCAUCCUUUUAUGUCAAUACAUGCAGCAAGUAAAGGAGCUAUUGUUGCAUUUACAAAAUCUCUUGCAUGA